CCUUCUCCAUCUCGUCCACUCAUUACAAACCAUGACCUCCCUCCAAAAAUGCGCUUCCUGUUACGCCCUCUUCUCAAAAAGUAUUCUCGCACUUAUCCCCUACUCAAAGUGGUAGUGGAGUCAUUCUCCAAGGCCCUGUGCUCGUGCCAUUGGACCCGGGUUCUGUGGCCAAUGGACGACCAAUUUGAAGUGCCUCAUGGAAAUUAUACUGAUCAGAUGCAUGCAUACUAUGUCGAUGUUCUCGUCUCUCCAGUUUUGAAUCUACUUUCCCAUCUACGGGCGCCGUACAUUGAAGAACCCCUGCAACUCAUAGUCGACAGACUUGACGAUGGCAUCAUUUCUGUCAGGGUGGCAGCCACCUAUCCACCCGUUCCGCGUGCUCGCCCCAAAAAGGAUAGCACACCUGUAAUAUUGUUCACUAUGCCUGGAUUUUUGGAGCAAUAUCCUGACAUGAAAAGCCUUUCCGAAUCCUCGUUCAUCCACCCGCUCCUUCGCAACGCAUGGAAGACAAACGCGAAAUCGAAGAUUAUAAUGACAGACCUCACCUCUUUCCACAUCUUUCACCCUCCGUCUCCCUCGUCCGAGGACGGUCGCGUCGUUCCAUACGAGUGUAUUACAGUGGACGAUGCCUUGCUUUCGAUCCGCGUUCUCAUUGGGGCAUACAUAUACGAGGCUUUACCGUCCCAAGAAACCCGCCGGCACCCAGUGCGUGGCUAUCUUAAUCCUCAGAGCUCACUUGGUGUGGGCACUUCUGGAAGUGAAGAGCCUCCACUGUAUGAGGCAAUGUACUCGGACAUGAUGGGCUGUACUCCCAAUCCUGACGGGCCAAAACCAUCAGACGAAGAGGUCUUCGAGACGCGCAAGCGCCACUCAGACUUCGAUCCGUACACCUUGAUGCACGAUCGUGCACAAGAGCUGCAGUUUCUCCGGUGGAAGACACACAUGGAAGAAAAUGCAAACCAAAUCCAAAAUAUUCGUCCAGGAGAUGUGCUCAUCGCGUCUACGGACGGCUUUGCUCGCGACAACGCCACCCUUAUACCUUACUGGCCCAUUGACCUGGGGACCAUCCCCGACUCAACGAUGCAAUUCUUCGACAUCAUAAAGCGCCCUCCGCCACUGGACGAUCGCAUGCGUCAUCGCCUCGAGACAUCCCAGACGUUCCAGCUCUGCAUAUCUUACAGUUUAGGCGGCGAUUGUGGUACGGUGCAUCGCUGCCAGCUCAUAUCCAUCGACAACGAAGAGGCCCCUCCUGGUCUUCCGGAGCUCUGCAUCAAAUUCUACGACGACCGCCUGUUCGACGUUCGUCCUUCAGAGGAUUGGGAUACAGGCGAAGAUCAGAUCUUCUGGGAAUCGUUCACGACGUCCGAGGAUGAUGCGCGAAGAGAGCGAGUCGUCUACGAGCAGCUUCGCUUCGCGCAAGGAUCGUUCGUGCCGUGGUACUACGGUGUGCAUAAGUUCGUUUUGCCUGAUGGACACUGGGUCUAUGGGAUCCUCCUAGAGCUCAUUGCUGGUAACCCUAUAAGCUUGGAAGAAGCCAUGCCCUCAAUGAGCGAUCCGGAACGUGCUGAGCUGAUUAAAGGCGCUCGACAUGCUGUACGCGCUCUGCAGUACACUGACAUCUCAACAGGUGCUUGGGCACACCGUGAGAGACCCAUGUUCGUUCUUCGAUCCCCGGUACCUCAUGUCGUGUUCUUCGACUUCUCCGAUUCGAGCCCGAGCACCUCCAGCGAUGUCGUAAACACCACCACGACCGAGUACCUCGAAAUGUUCUAUCGUCUGAGGAGCGCUAUGAUGGACCUCGGAUUCACUCCAGGCAAAGCCGUCAAGUUUGUUUUGCCACAUUAUGGAGGAAUGGAGGUGUGGGAUCACAUAAUUGAUGCGUCGGACUUCCGCGAUGGCAGGGAGAGUUAUUCUCUGAGUGCGCCGGAUCCAUUUGAUUGGAUAGCUGGGUCUACUUGUGACAGUGUGCAGGAGGAGGUGCUCUUCGAUGGAGUGAGGGUUGGGUUGUACAAAAGUAAACGAGCCCAGUGAAGAUGAGUGAGUUUGUAACAUAGAAUCCGGAGUAGUCGAGGGAUAUGCUUCCUUGUUAGUUUGCUCACAUGUAUUCUGUCAGUCGUCACGAAC